AUGGCCGCGCCGCUGCUGCGCAAUGCUCUCAAGGGCUCGUCCCUCAUCAUCGUCGCCGCGCCGGCCGCCGCCUCCCGGAGCUUGACUACGGCCUCGAGCUCUGAAGAUGCGGGCGCGGCCAACCACGACAACGACCACGACCACGACGACAACAACUACAACAACGUCACGAACUUCACAAACAUCACCGCCGGAACCCUGCGCAUACUCCAAGAGCGCAUGCCCACACUGCUCCAGUCGCCUCUCCCGCAGGAUAUACUCGCGCCCAACAUCUCGCUACACCUCUUCCCGACGACGCACCCGCAUCUCCCCACCGUCUCCGGCCGAGUCGCGUACAACGCCGCCCUCUGGACCUCCCCGAUCGCCUGGAACCGAGUCCCCAUUAUUGGCAAUGUCAAGCUCGAGAUCCUCGCCGAACGCGUCACCUCGGAGCCCAUGACCUUUGUGCCCCGGCGUCCUGGCGCCCGCCCCGAGCAGCUCGUCGUCCGUUGGUGUGAGAAGCGCCGCGGCUCCCCAACGACGGCAUCGGGGUCGGAAACGGCCCGUCCCGAGUCCGGCGGCAUCGCGCGCUCGCUCUGGCGCGGCCGCGCCGGCGUCGACCCCAACAAGGCUUUCACCGGCCUCUUCAUCUUCGACUUCGACGCUGAGGGCAGGGUCCUGGCGCACACUAUCGAGCAGGCCCAGGAGGGCGGGACCUGGGAAAGGGGCAUGGGAGCCAAGUUUGUCGGCCUGACGGAUUGGCUGCUCGGCGGCAUGAAGAACCCCAACGACCCCCCUCCGUUGCCCAUGUUUGAGGACGCGAGGAGGCGGCAAUGUGACUGA